AUGACUCCUCCUACAGCAAUCGUCACUGGCGGCUCAUCCGGUAUAGGUGAGGCACUGGUACAACACCUCGUCUCUAUUAAAUGGAGGGUCGUCAUUGCCGACAUAAAUGCGCCAAAAGUGUCUAAUCCCGAUACGAUAUUCAUUCAGACCAACAUAGCCUCCUGGCAGGAACAAGCCGAUAUGUUCAAGCAAGCCUACGCGUGGACCAAGCGUUUAGAUUUUGUUGCGCUCAACGCCGGCGUCGACGAUCGAGACGACAUAUUCAAUACACUCUCCAACGAUGUGAAUAAGCCACCAUCGCAGCCAAACACUAGACCAUUUGACGUGAAUGUUACGGGAACGUACUAUGGCAUCAAGCUUGCUGCACACUACUUGACUGUCCCAAGCACAGAGGCCGGCAAGCCCAAGCUCGGCGGAAAGAUAAUCAUUACAUCCUCUGGGGGAGGUAUAUUCCCUAUCCCCAUCCUGCCGCAAUACACGGGCAGUAAACACGCUCUCGUUGGGCUUGUCCGGGCUCUUGCAAGAAAUGGAGCGGCUUCCAAGGUCAACAUACGCAUCAACGCGGUCUGUCCUGCUAUUGUGGACACUCCAGGCCUACCUGCUGGCUUAGUGAGCAAACUGCCUCCUGACCAAAUCACACCAAUGAGCACCAUCCUUCGAUGUUUUGAUACUCUGGCUGACCUAGCCGACGUUGGUUAUGAGGACUGGGUCCAGAAAGGGAUGACAGGCGAGACAGUGGAGGGAAACGGGGACGAAUUGAUAUUUCAUCAUCCACCAGAGCGCCGAGGCGGUAAAUUUGUGAGGGAGACCGGCGUUCUGGCAGUGGCAGAGGCGUACAAAGAGAAGACUGGGCAGUCUGCGACGUGA